ACGACUAUUGUGAAUUCCGGCGAGAAUUGUCAUUACACUUCGCGUAGGAGGAUGAUCCUUAUCCUGAGAUAAAUUUCUACCCCAGUGUGUAUCGGCAAACAACAAACAUGUUUAGUUCAUUGAGAUUGGCCACGAUGCGGUCUCACAAGAAUCGAGCGCGGCCAGGAAGUGUAGCGACCUCUGCAAGUUCGGACACUGCACGUCCAGAGGAUAUCUCAUCGCAACAAUAUUAUCCUCCAAACUUCUUGGUGCUCGAUGAGACUGACUGUAAUGGAGCAUCGCCUUCGAGUGUCUCCUCCAAGGUAGCACAGGUGAGAGUGGAACGUGAGGGUGGAAGCCUAGGAGUGACUCUACGUGGUGGUGUUGCAAGAGCUUUGAUAGUUACUGGAGUGAAGGCCGAUGGUCCAGCUGCAAAGGAAGGCCGUGUCAGACCUGGGGAUAGACUUCUAGCAGUAGAUGAUACCGAGUUACGAGGUCUCACUUUGGCAGAGGCCCAAAGAGCCCUUCGAAGAAGUUCCGACGCUCCUGUAGCUUCACUCACUAUUGAAUAUGAUGUGGCUAAUAUGGAAGAAGCACGAGCUGCUACCUCAGGACCGCUUUUAGUUCAGCUGGAAAGAGGAUUAUCAGGUGAAUUGGGCUUAACUGUCAGAGACACUCAGAAUGGAGUCUACAUUGAAAGUCUUCGUCCAGCGAGUACAGCGGACCGCUGUGGAGCUCUUCAUCCAGGUGACAGAUUGAUGGCAGUGGAUGAUACUCCUGUUCAGGAUGCCAUUACGGCGGCUAAACUUCUAAGAAAUGCAUCAGAAAACUGUCGGAUAGCCAGACUUCAGAUUUUACCUAGACCACCCAGUGCAUCUUCAAGAACCGUCAAGAGAAGAGCGCAGCCUCAAGCACAGUCGAGUUCUACUCAAACUUUGCAUACUAAAGAGAGUUUGACUGUUGUCCUGAGACCAGAUCACCGGGGCCUGGGACUUGCUCUAAGGCCAUCUGAGGAUCGAAUGAAUUACGUUGUGGAUAUAUUGGAAGCUGGUGGUCCUGCUGAAAGGAGUGGAGUUCUUCUUCCUGGAGAUAAGGUCGUUGCUAUAAAUCGUAGGAUUUUACGUGAUCUACAACCAGCUGAGGUUGCUGCUAUUUUAGAAGCUUCUCAGGUUGAGUUGGUCACAGAAUAUAAAGUUGGUGGUCCUGUUGUACCUAGUUCUGGAGUGUUUACUGUUAGAGUAGCAAGACCACUAGGAGGUCAACCUGAUCUGGGUUUGACUGUAAACGAAGACUUAAUCAUUGCUGAAGUACGCCGCGGUUCUUUGGCUUAUCGAACAGGUAGUUUAGCAUCUGGAGAUCAACUUUUGGCGAUUGAUGGUCAGAAAUUGGACCCAGGAGAUUUGCGACAAGCUGCUCAAUUGUUACACAGGCCGGGGAGCUCAGUUGUGGCUCUCACAGUGAGGAAACCAGACCCGGCAUCUGAAGCAAGAGAAUCCAGUAUAGGAAGCGAUACAAUUCAACCGCAAUAUCCAACUAGUAUUUUACGAUCUGCCAGGGAAAGUUUACCGAGUGUAGACAGUGCCGUGGAUUCUUGGGGAGAUAUGGGAGAAGGUAGUGGUACUGGUCCAGAGAUACUGAGACUCUGGGACACAGUAUCCGUGGAUAGUGGUCAACUGGAUCUACCAAUGCCACCAUAUCCAUUAUCUGAAAUGAAUCCAAUCAACUCUCAAAGUCGAAAUGGAACAGAAAAUCGUGCACAGCAAAUAGUACACGUAUCAUUACACAAGGAUCCUGUAUAUGAGGAUUUUGGGUUUUCCGUAUCGGAUGGACUGUACGAACGUGGAGUGUAUAUAAAUCGCUUAAGACCUGGUGGACCCUGCGAUGGAGUUCUUCGUCCUUAUGACCGUAUUCUAAGGGUAAACGAGGCCAGUACCGAAGACUGCGACUGCUGUUUAGCCGUUCCGCUAAUUGCAGCGGCUGGAACUCGACUGGAUCUUACGGUGGCAAGACCCUUAUCUCCUCAGACCAUAACGAAAACACUCUAGGCCGUCGUUUUAAUUUAUUGAUAUGGGAUCUGUUAUGGAACAAGUGCAGAAUGUAUCCAGGCUACUGUGAAACGAUGAUCAAUCAAUGCUAAUUGGGCCAGCAAUCAGCUAUACACAAAGUAAAGUAUGAUAUUAAUGCAGGAAUCGUACCCUUGCCAGCAG